AGCCAGUGCCGCAGACUCGGGCGCCUCGGGCCGGGGAGCGCAGAAGAGCCAUGGCCACUACCAACGGGGCCGUGGAGAACGGGCAGCCGGACAGGAAGCCGCCUGCCCUGCCGCGCCCGGUCCGCAACCUGGAGGUCAAGUUCACCCAGAUAUUCAUCAACAAUGAAUGGCACGAAUCCAAGAGUGGAAAAAAGUUUGCCACGUAUAAUCCUUCAACUCUAGAAAAAAUAUGUGAAGUAGAAGAAGGAGAUAAGGCCGACGUGGACAAGGCAGUGGAGGCCGCACACGCCGCCUUCCAGAGGGGCUCACCCUGGCGCCGCCUGGAUGCCCUGGGCCGGGGCUUGCUGCUGCAUCAGUUGGCGGACCUCGUGGAGAGGGACCGCGCCGUUCUGGCUACCCUGGAAACGAUGGACACGGGGAAGCCGUUCCUUCACGCCUUUUUCAUCGACCUGGAGGGCUGUAUUAAAACCCUCAGAUACUUUGCAGGGUGGGCUGACAAAAUACAGGGCAGGACCAUCCCCACAGAUGACAACGUGGUAUGCUUCACCAGGCAUGAGCCCAUAGGUGUGUGUGGGGCCAUCACUCCUUGGAACUUCCCUCUGCUGAUGCUGGUGUGGAAAUUGGCACCCGCCAUCUGCUGUGGGAACACCAUCGUUGUGAAGCCGGCGGAGCAGACACCCCUCACUGCCCUUUAUCUGGGCUCUCUGAUCAAAGAGGUCGGAUUCCCUCCAGGAGUGGUCAACAUCGUGCCAGGAUUUGGGCCCACAGUGGGAGCAGCGAUUUCCUCUCACCCUCAGAUCAGCAAGAUCGCCUUCACGGGGUCCACAGAGGUUGGAAAGUUGGUUAAAGAAGCCGCCUCUCGGAGCAAUCUGAAGAGGGUGACCCUGGAGCUUGGGGGGAAGAACCCCUGUAUCGUGUGCGCAGAUGCCGACCUGGACUUGGCAGUGGAGUGCGCCCAUCAGGGAGUUUUCUUCAACCAAGGUCAGUGCUGCACGGCCGCCUCCAGGGUGUUCGUGGAGGAGCAGAUCUACGCCGAGUUUGUCAGGCGGAGCGUGGAGCACGCCAAGAAGCGUCCGGUGGGAGACCCCUUCGACGUCAGAACGGAACAGGGGCCGCAGAUAGACCAAAAGCAGUUUGACAAAAUCCUCGAUCUGAUCGAGAGUGGGAAGAAGGAGGGAGCCAAGCUGGAAUGUGGGGGUUCAGCCAUGGAAGAUAGGGGGCUCUUCAUCAAACCCACCGUCUUCUCGGAAGUUACGGACACCAUGCGCAUUGCCAAAGAGGAGAUUUUUGGACCGGUGCAGCCAAUCCUGAAGUUCAAAAAUAUCGAAGAAGUGAUAAAAAGGGCCAACAGCCUUGAAUAUGGACUCACGGCAGCUGUGUUCACAAAAAACCUCGACAAAGCACUGAAGCUGGCUUCCGCCUUGGAGUCUGGAACCGUCUGGAUCAACUGCUAUAAUGCCAUCUACGCACAGGCUCCAUUUGGUGGCUUUAAAAUGUCAGGAAAUGGCAGAGAACUUGGUGAGUACGCACUGGCUGAGUACACAGAGGUGAAAACUGUCACCAUCAAACUCGAUGACAAGAGCCCCUGAAGGAAAGGCGGGCUCCUUCCUCAAGCAUCUGACAGCUGAAUGUGGCAGAUCAAAUUUUGCCGAAGAAAAAACUGCAUUUGCCGCCUUCCCGGGGUUCCUUUGCUCUGGAGACUUUAAAUCUACUGGAUUUGAAUGAUUUCCACUUUCCUUUCACACUCCUGUUUUAGUGACCAAUCCGUUGUAUAUGUGGAAUUGCAGUCCUGCCUGGGGAUGGAGCUCAGGGUCCUUUCCAUUUUUCCCUUUCAACCAGGUCCCUUUGGGGACAGUGAAGGGGCUCAGGGCGUGGCCAACAGGAAGUGUUAUUUGAAGUCUCCAGCGGUCCCUUAAAAAUGUUUGGCCGAUUCUGACUUCGGUAAGAACUUGGAAAAACGCCCGGCUUGCUCUACAAACAGGGCCCUGCACCUGCGGCUUCUCGGGGUUACCUGCCCACGACCCGAGACCCUCCUACCAGUUAGCGGAAAAGAAACAGAAUGAAGUUCAAAACAAACAAACAGGAUUGUGAGGAUCCAAUGGGGGCCGCUUUGGGGAAGCAGGUGCCAUGGAAAGGUACUGAAGGUCUUGGGUGUGAAAGGGUGUGGGUUUUUCAAGGACUGCCUCUUGACAUUGACCAUGGGACUCCGCUUAAAACAAAAACUCCUUUUGGAAUAUGACCGAAUCAGUGCCCAACAUGCUUAUCUAAAACUAUGUCACGGGCGACCUUAACCAAGGCACUUUCUUAGGCAGAAAACAUCGCUAGUGUCACCUUUGCUUCUGAUGACCCAAUGAUGACGGCUUAGCAGCUGCGUUUUACAAACCAGAGCCAUAAUUCCCUUUUACAAAUUCUGAAUUUCUGCACCUUGCAUUAACGGGUUAUGAUCCGUCUGUGUAGCUCUCUAUGUCUCCAGCUUGGUGAUCUAUGUUAGAUUAGCAAAGCAUACACAACUGGAAAGGCUGUUGCUUUAAUACCACUUGGUUUUUUAAAGUCCUAUUUUGAUAUUAAUGAUUAAUUAACAAAUAACACGGGACUCCGUGGAAGAACUGGGUCCCUCAGUACUAAAGUGGCCUGAGGACUGCACUAACAUGUUGUGAAUGUUUCUUUUCCUCUUUAUAUCCGCAAAUGCUGUGCAAUCCCAAGUUUUAAAGUGUUCCCCGAUUGCUUCUAAAAAAACAAAACCAAAUGGAAUUGUGCUGUUUGGAUACUUCCACUGUUACUAAUUAGUUACUUUUCUGAGGGUGCUUCUAUUUGGGAAUUCAAUUAUGUUUGAGAAUUAAACUGGGGGGAGGGCAAUAAGAUGACAAACGUCAAAACCAGUGUAUGGAUGAAAGAAAGCCCUGUAUGGAAUGGGGUUGUCGUUCUUGUCAGAAAUAGGCAAUAGCAAUUCACCUUCUCCGCAUCAAUAAACACUUACCACUUAAACUGUCAACAACUCGCUAGGUCAGGGGUUGACUUCGUACACUGAAUUUUCAGGAUUUUAUCUCAAGCAACUAUAGACACUAACCUUGUUAGUAAUCCAUUAGAGGGUUCUUAUUCUCUCAUUGUACAAUAAUGCCUUUAUUAUGAAAUGCUACGUUAUUUAUAAUUGGUAUAGUUAAUGUAUCUUUUUAUAGUUGUAAGUAAACAGAGGUGGUAUAUUCAACCUUCUGUAAUAUACUGUAUUUAGAAAUGGAAAUCUAUAUAGUAAUAGAUUUCACUUCUUUUAAGGUUUACUCCUGUGGUAUGGUUUCAGAAAAAUCUAUUGGCCUGGGAAUUCUGACCCCCAACUACCGAUUAUGUCCGACAAUGCAACAAUGAUAAAAUAAAAUCGGAUA